AUGACGUCGGAAGUUCAUAGGAGCUGCAAGAGGGAGAAUCAAUGCAAUGCCGGGAUUAACGCAUUUGUGGGCAGAAAACUCAACUGGGGAUUUAAGAUGAGCACUUCCAAUUUGGUCGCAGAAUCAGUUUGGGAGGCUAUUGAGUCGACCCGUUCAGGUUCGCCUCUUUCUAUUUUCAAUUACGAUUCAGAUUAUUUCUCGACUUCCAUGUUUGUUUUGUUCUACUCGUCAAUAUUGAUAAUUUUUUGGUCUAUAUUACGGAAAAUAUGUAACUGUCCUCCAACAGUCACGGAUGAUCAGCUGUCCAUAUUACAUUUUAUAUAUGGGAAGAAUUUCGAGAAAGCCACUAGGAUUUUUGAUCAAAAGGGAGUCAAGAGGAUUUCCGGUGAGCCCAGUGGCCUAUUCAUUUUUCAGGUUGUGGGAGAAUCUAGGAGAAAGGAAGAGUACUUGUGCUUUGGGGAACAUUAUUGUGCUUGUUAUUCAUUCUUCUAUGACAUUGUAAACAAAGGAGAAGAACUUUGUUGUAAGCAUCAACUGGCUGCAAGACUUGCAGCCUCAACUGGGACAUGCAUUGAAGUUAGAGUUUCUGAUGAGAAAUUGGCCUUACUGUUAGCGGACCUCUGAGUAUAUCUAUAUGAAAAAGGCUAUAAAAAAUAUAGGCACUUGGUUUUCAAAUUGUGCCGAGUUUUUGCUUCAAUUAAGAAAGUACAGAUUUGUGAGGUCGAAAAGAACAGACAAUUUCCCGAUUUCAAGUAGUAAUCUGCAAUCACCAAUCCUGCUAGAAGUACGUAUUCCAUGUUUUGUUCAUUAUUGCUCUCUCUUUCUCAAAAUACAACUAGCUGAAUUGUCUUGUUCAUUAUGGCUCUGAAUCUCUUAAAAUACCUUUGUAGCUGGAUUCAUGUGCUUGACAAAUUUGGC